UCAUAACCAAAAAAUAUAUGACGUAUAAAAAAAAAGUAUAAACACCUGAUUAUAUUUUUAUCUGCCAAAAAUUUAAAAAAAUGUAAAAAUGUUUGAACUUAAUAAUAAUUUAAAAAUAUUCAUUGUUUUAUUGAUAUGUAAGACAGUAAAUUGUUUCAUUGAUCCAACAUUAGAAACUAAAAAAAACCGGGAUCAUUAUAUAGACCCGCAUUCUAUAUAUUAUAACAAAUAUACCCAGCAAUUGGAAGUAAGCAGUCAUUUAAAAAAACCAACUGAUGUAAUAACAACAGAGCAGUCAUUUGAUGCGUUUAAUGUCAACGUAAAUCGCAAUAAUGAUAUCCCAGAUGAAUUAUUCUCUCGUAGAUUCGUUAAUUUGUUACUAGAGGCAACAUCUUUUGAGAAAAAUGGCAAUUUGUUGACAUCAAGUUUAACAGUCGAAUUAACGACGACAGAUUUAAUAAAAUUAAAAAAUUUUGCCAUCGGAAAAUCUACGAUACGUGAAAUAGAUUCAAUUAUUGGUCAUAUUUUUAUAAAACCAGAGAAAAUUUAUGCGCAAAAUACUUAUUUAUCUAUUAAAGAAUUCAUAUAUUUUUUGAUAAUACACAAGGAAAUAACGUUAAUAACAAUAGUUGUCCUAUGGAUCUCAUGGAUAAUAUUAACAACAAAAUGGAAUAUGUUAAAAAUAACUCUUAUCAUCUUAUUGACGGUAUUCGCAGCGAGUUUUAUUAUCACGUGGUUACAAUUAUUACGUGAAGCUGAGAUAAAGCUGACAGUGAAGCAGGUACAGUUUACGCAGGUACCCAUUCAAUGUAAUCCGCAUAAAAUGUCAUGGUGGGAUAAACUAUGGACAGCAUGGAGUUCUGUAGAUGAAUGUCAAAAAUAUUACGAAGCGAUGAUGGAAAAUCCAUUCCUUCAAGUGACCCCAGCACAGGCGCUGUCUAAAAUGAUAGCGACAUGUGUAGUAACACCUGUUGGGUUAAUUGGCCAUGCUGUCGGAGAUUUUGUCAAUAAUGCGACGAAAAAUCUUUGGUUCCCAAUUCAAAUGGUCGUCGCGCCAUUAUUAAUAAUUGGAAUAAUAUUAAUUACUGGAAUGGUAUUGGUUGUGCUCGGAGGUGGAUCUUUGAACCUUUGGGGCUUUGGGCCUUUUUCUGUUUUUUCAUUAUGCGGACGUACGGAGUCACGUAAUAGUAAUUUACCGAGUACGGAAUCACAGAAUGUAAAUUUACCGAGUACGGAAAGACAAGCUAUUCAACCCAUAUAUAAUUUCAACUUACACGGAGGUCAGAUCCACGAAAUCGCCAUUAAAAAUACAAGCGAGGAGAACUUGACAUCAGUUAAUUUCAAAGCUGAUAAAUCUGUUUCGCUUGAAAGAAGUAUACAGGCGUUAAAAAAUGAUGGGCAUGAUGUUGAAAUUAAUUUAAUAAAACAGAGUACUUUAGAUAAUUCCAAUCUUAAAGUUGAAGAAAGUAAACAAGCAUUAGAAAUAAAUAAGGUGUGCGAGUCCAUUGAUUCUAGUCCUGUGAAAUGUAAAAAUGAAGAGAAUAAUUUGAAAUUAAAUUCUGAUGAAAAUAGAGACUGCAUUUGUAAAAAAAAAGUUGAUAAACCGAUAUCAGAAUCUGGUGAUAAUUAAAAUUAAUUAUAACAUUUGAAUUAAGUUGUAAAAAUUUUAGACUUAGAUAGAUAAGGACUGAUGAUUGUUAAUAAUUUUAUACUAAAAUUAAUACUACUGUAAUUAUUGCUAAUUAAUUUUUUGUUAAUUCAAUUAAAAAUUAGCGACCAUUUAUUUACUCCCGGAAAGCGUAUAUAUUAGGGUGAUUCAUUUUGAACGACUAUUUUUUUUUUUCACUCCUACUUGGAAAUAUUGUUAUAGACAUUGGAAAAGAAAUUCCUUGCAAAUUUCAGCCCUUAAUUUUAAUUUUAAGUACUUCAUAUUUGAUUUUGAAGUUUUCCCAUUUAAAAUACAUAGGAAAGUUGGGAUUUUUUUUUUUUAAUUCUCUAUAACUCAGCCGCAUUUCAAGUUAUCGGAUCGCCGUUUGUGGCAUUUUGUAGGUAAUUCAAUACUCUUCAAAAGUCUCCGUAAUGAUUUUACUCGGACUCUGAUUGUUUAUUUGUAUUGGUUCUGAAAAUAAUUUUUUUGAUAGUAGUUUGGGUUUUUAGAUGAUAUUAACUAAAUAACGAAAUUUACAGAAAAAGUGCAGAUAACGAUUUUUUAGGAAAUUUUAUUCGCUACAAAAAAGGUCCUUUGAGUUAAGUGGCUCAAGUUCUUCGUUUACGUGAUACAGGGAUUUUAGUAAUUUUGUAAAUAAAAUAUUUGUCAAAAAAUUCCACCAAAUGCUAUUUAAUUUCAAUUUUAAAUCAGUAAAUAAUUUUCCUUUCAUUAAUUUAAUCCAGUCAUUAAAAUCAGAGGGGGUCAAAUUGACGAACUUCGGAAAAAUUUUUGACAAAUAUUUUAUUUACAAAAUUACUAAAAUCCCUGUAUCACGUGAACGAAGGACUUGAGCCACUUAACUAAGAGGACCUUUUAUGUAGCGAAUAAAUUUUCCUAAAAAAUCGUUAUCUGCACUUUUUCUGUAAAUUUCGUUAUUUAGUUAAUACCAACUAAAAACCCAAAUUAUUAUUAAAAAAAUUAUUUUCAGAACCAAUACAGAAAAAUUAAUUAGAGUCCGAGUAAAAUUAUUAUGGAGACUUUUGAAGAGUAUUGAAUUACCUACAAAAUGCCGCAAACGGUGACCCGAUAACUUGAAAUGCGGCUGAGUUAUAGAGAAUUAAAAAAAAAUCCCAACUUUCCUAUGUAUUUUAAAUAGGAAAACUUCAAAAUCAAAUAUAAAGUACUUAAAAUUAAAAUUAAGGGCUGAAAUUGGCAAGGAAUUUUGUUUUCAGUGUCUAUAACAAUAUUUUCAAGUGGGAGUGAAAAAAUAAAUAGUCGUUCAAAACAAAUCACCCUAGUAUAUAUUAUUAAUUAUUAACAAUAAUUGAAAUAAGAGAUCAUAGAAAUUACCAAAUUGUUUUUUGAAUAUAUAAAGUUUAGUAUAAUACUUUCAAUAAAAAAUAUCAACAUACACUACAAAAUAAUAUUACAGUGAUUAAUUUAAAUAAUUUUAAAAGUAAUUUAUUAGUAUUAUAAAUGAAUUAAUUAAUUUUAUCUGAAAUCGAUGAUUUGAUACUUAAAGCGUAUAAUAAAAAAGUUUCUGAACAAUUCUUGAUCUGAUGACGCGCUGUAAUUUUUUUUCUUACACUCGACUUAAAAUAUUUUUUCAAAAUAAUUUCAAAUGGAAUGACCUGGUCAGGGUGGCCACAAACCGGAAAUAUCGGGGAAUUUCGAAAAGUAUCCGGGAAUUAAAUUGUAACAGUUCAAAAUUUAAAAAAUUUUCAAUUAUACACUCGUUAUAAAAAUUAAGGGAUAUUAAAAAAAUUUCAAAUUUUAAAGUGAUUUUCAACAGAUUGUAACUCAAAGCAAAAUGGUCAUACGACAAAAACAAAAAAGGCAAAUUGUAGCUUCAAGUCUUUAUAUUUUUUUAUGAUGUGCGGUUCCGAAGAAAUCCUAAGAAAACUAUCGAAAAAGACAUUUACCAAAUCUUUGCUCGUCUUAAAAACGGUCUUCGAGAUUCAAUAAAUUUUUUUCGAUAAUUACGAUUGAUUUUUGAUUGCUCCGGAUCCGUAUGUUACGUCCUGGUUGAUGUUUUGGCGCUGGCGUAGUUGAGCGGUCGAUUUAAAUUGGACGUAAUGAGAACUUAUAUAUAAUUAUAAAUAAUAAUUAAGUAUGGAUUGAACAGCCACCACUCGGUGGUUGUAAUAAACUGGUUGUUUGAAUAUAUAUAUUUCUUAAUAUAUAUUAAUCCGAUUUAUUCAAUAAUAAAAGAACAGUUUUGAGUGAUUUGAAAAUAUACAGUUGAAUUGAUUUAUAAAAUUGUUAAUGUACUCUUAACAAUAAUUUCAAAAGGGCGAGAACGAAGUUGGGUUUUUAAUAUUG